AUGACACAACGUCAGGAGCAGCAUCAGUAUCUUGCUCAAAUCCUCAGAGGAAAAGAGGAGGGUCUGACCGGCUUUCUGGAUCCCAUGAACUUUGGAGACAGUUUUUUAUCUCUCAGUCGGGUGUAUGAGGAACACAUUCUGGCCACCGGCAGUCUGGACGAGAGGAUCUUCACCGGGGAGGGAGCGAGCGAGGACAUCGGUACCCCGGGGCCCUGCCUGUGUGAAGGGGUGGAGAACCAGGACAGCGCCACCUACAGGCUCCACACCAGCCUCACUGCCUCAGCUCUGAAGGUCUCCACGCCUCUGACAGGCAGGAAGUACGUUCAGGAGAACAGCUUGGCGUCUCCGGUCUCGUCCGCCAUGAAGAGUGUCGGACGACUGCACACCCUGCUGUCAGGAACCAAACAGGGGCCGAGCACUAAGCUAACAGAAACUCUCAGGAACUGUGCCAGAGACCCCAGUGAUGUCAUCAGCAAGCGCCUGAAGGACAUGUUUGAGCUCUUCUCUCAACAUUUCGAGGGCAGCGGGUCAGAGAACAGGGGGAUGGGGAGAGAUAUGGCAGUGAAAUACUUCCACCUGGCGGAGGCGCUCUACUACAGGAUCCUGGAGUCCAUCAUUGAGAGAGAAAAGAUGAUCCUGGGAGACGCUGACCUGUCGUGUAUUCUGGAGCAGGACGUCUUCCAUCGCUCCCUGCUGGCCUGCUGUCUGGAGAUCGUCAUCUUCUCCUACAGACCUCCAGGAGACUUCCCCAACCUGAUCGGCAUCUUCCAGCUCCCCGCCUAUCAUUUCUACAAGGUGAUUGAGGUGUUGGUGCGGUCCGAGCAGGGUCUGUUUCGGGAGGUGGUGAAGCACCUGAACCAGGUGGAGGAGCAGGUUCUGGAGAGCCUGGCCUGGACCAGCGACUCCCCGCUGUGGGAAAGCCUCCGUGCUGCCAAAGACCAGGUUCCUGCCUGCCAGCAGGUGAUGCCUCCUCAGUAUUUGGAACAGAACGAUGAAAGCAGCUCAGGCAACAUUCCUCUCACUCCCAACCACGGACCGGACCUCAACACCAGCAGCACCGUCAAAGGUGUGUCCCCCUCCCCCACCACCCUGCUGGACCGGUACAGCUCUCCACCCGCCGGUUCGGCUCGUCGUCGUCUGUUUGUUGAGCCGCUAGACGGCGAGCCUGGAGUCACUUCCACCAGUACAGCACCGGCCGCCGUGACCAAGACCGGCCAGGCUGGCCUAGUUACAGCCAUCCCAGCCGGGCAGACUGUGGUCACCGUGGCAACCGCUACCGUUACCGCCAACAACGGGCAGACUGUCACCAUACCUGUGCAAGGUAUAGCCAAUGAAAGCGGAGGCAUCACCUUCAUACCAGUCCAGGUGAGCGUGACCGGGCAGGGUGGAGCCACGCUGCAGCCGCUGUCUGCACAGACUCUAACGGGCACUCUCACCGUCCAAUCAGCUGCCACCAAACCAGCUGCCAAACCAGCCAGCAGUCCGCUGAGGAAGGGCUCACUGUCGCUGUUCUUCAGGAAG